CUCGGGAUGAUAAAAGUACCAGCAGCAACGGAGUCGGCAGGUGAAGAAGAAAAAAAAAAGUACCGCGGACAUGCAAGUUGUGGGUCAGUCAGGCAAUAUGCUCCAGUUUGCUUUGCAGAAAAACCUGUUCGCACUAUGCACUCACCGCAUGCGCUAGGUGCAGAAACAUACCAUCAUACACCGGGCAGUUGCGAAGUGUGCGUUGUGGUGUCGCGGGAGUGUCUGGAUUCUAAACGUGAGACAAAGCGGAGAAAAUGCACGGUGCACUGGCGCACCUACGCUUCUGGUGGGAUUACCGGCGGUCUGCAGUCAUCGGUCUGGUGGUGUCCAUCGCCGCAGUCCUCAUCAUUGUCAUUAUCGUCGCGUCGGCUACCUUGCCGGCCAGGCAGCCGACAGAGCCUGUGAAAGUUCGAACCAUAUGCGGCACGACAGACUGCCUCCAGAUGGCCCAGCGUCUCCAAGACUCCAUGAACAAGUCUGUCGACCCGUGUGACGACUUCUACCUCUUCGCCUGCGAGCGGUGGGACUACGUCAGCAACAUCUCUAUUUGGCAAACAGCGUCCAAUAACAUUCAGCACGACAUCAGAGAUACCAAAGAAGCUCUCAUGAAUGGUCAAAGUCGACCUACCGAUGCAGCGGAAAGCUACUUUGUCGAUUUCAUCCAGCACUGUCGGAAAGAUGUUCCAGAGUGGGACCCUGUGCUCGCAGAACUGGAUAACUUAGGUGGAUACCCAUUAUUUGGCACCCAAAAGGUUCCGUACAACUGGCUAGAAGCAGAAGCCCGCCUGGCUCAUGUCAACCAUAACCAAGCCGUCUUCCUCGUUCGUUUUGACAUCGACCCGAAACGGAAGGACAGAAGGAUUAUUCGUAUAGGCUAUCAACCAAGCAUGUUUCCCGACACUUUUCUGAGAACGCGCACUGCCGUGAUGGGCCUGGAGCACUUCUUGCACGACGUGUCCGAUGCCUAUCGUCGCAUCCUCAAUAUUACCACAAACAACACAGAGACCGACAUAAGAGACCAGAUAGCAUCUCUACUUGGCUUCGCGGGGCACCUUAACAAGAUACUCCAAGCUUCUCAGAAAGCUGCGCCAGAGAGAAUGACCAUACGAGACCUUAGCAAUAAAGUACCCGAGGUGGACUGGCUGACGUACCUUAAUAUACUGAUAAACCCCAUCCUCGACGAAGUUACCGAAAUCCGGAGUGGUGACCCCAUUAUUGUUGAGAAUACAGAGACGUUGUCAAAGCUCACAGCAUUUAUAGCAAGGAAGGAGCACCAGAGGGAAGUUGCAAAUUACAUUGGCUACAAGUUCAUCGUCAAUUCCAUCCUCUUCUCACCGUACACGGAUGUCCAGCACGCAUUCUACAGCUUCAGUGAAGCUUACGCUGUUAAGUUCGACCGCAACAUGAAGUGUAAAGAGCUAGCUGAAACACUGAAGUUAGUGUACUACCAUCAUUACUUCAAGAUUAAUCUCAAGAAAUUUGCGGAACCACGUGCUCUAAUAUUACACAUGCUGUGGGAUGUAACAAAGCAAUUUGAAUCAACCAUGAAAACGGCAAAGUGGAUAGACAAACAAACAAGAGAGCUGCUCCUCAGAAAGCUGAAAAGGAUUCAGCAUUUUGUUGGAUACCCAGACUGGUUGCUGAAUGGAGACAAUGUGUACAGGUUUUAUGAUAUGGAUGGUGCACCCAACAGGAGUAGACCUUUCCUGACGCGGCUAACAUACCACCGAGUACGACUGUACCAGAAACAAAUAAGAGAACUGAAUGCAAAUAUUCCUUGUGCACACUUUGCAGAAUCUGGGAUGACAUCACCGGCGAAAUUAUCAAUGCUGCAUACCAGAUUAGGGACAUCAAUUGCCAAAACACACUUUGCUUUCCACCAACCAGAAGUAUAUGCGGGAAUGUUGCUGAAACCGUUCAUCUUUCUGCGUGCGCCCAGGUACGUCAACUAUGGGACAGUAGGCUUCGUGGCAGGCCAUGAAAUUAUUCACGCCUUCGAUGAUCGAGGUACCACAAUUGAUGAGCACGGAGUAGACUUCAGAAGUGACCCGUGGCCCCGGGCUACAAGAGAGGAAUUUUUAAAAAGGAUGCGUUCCAUUAUUAGAUUCUACGAAGAUGAAUUUCAGAUCGACGGUAAUUAUACAAGAAAUGAAAACUUAGCAGAUAUGUCAGCCAUCAGGUUUUCGUUCAGUGCAUACAAGGAGGAUCCCAACAGCGAAGCGGAACCAGUGCUCCCAGGAUUUGAGGACUACACCAGUGACCAACUAUACUUCCUUUCAUUUGCGUCGAUCUGGUGCAACAAUAACAAGUAUGACAACACAUCCAUUCAUGGCCCUCAUUCUUCAAGGUGGGGUCAAUGGCCCGCUGAUGAACUUGCAAGAAUUCUCCGAUGUAUACAAGUGCUCACCGGGCAGCCGCAUGAACCCGAAGGACAAGAGAGUUGUAUGGGGUUGAUGCGUGAAUGAGAGUUCUGUGAAAUAGCAGUGAACCUUCUGCAACGUCAACAGGAAGGCCACAUCACUGUUGCUGCGCAAUGAAAUGAUGCAACAUUUGGAACAGAAAUACUUGAAACCAGGCCUGUGACAUCCGCAUAGCACCUUUUCUGUGGGACCAUAUAUCAUUAGAGCCUGAUGUUUUAGAGUUUAACCCAAUUCUUUCACGAAUUUGCACCCCAAAUUGAGGGUUGCCUCUUUAUGGUGAAACCUGAUUUUUACCUGGCAAUUUGCCCUCACUGAGACGUGUGUAGGUGUGCACACUAACUUGUUUGGCAGCAAAUAAUAAUAAUAAUAAUAACAACUUUAUUUGGCUCAACAUUGGACCCAGAGUACCGGGAAAAAAAGCUACACUGGGUAGCUUGAUGCGUCCAGUUACAUCACCGCAAAUGCAGUUCCAUCACCGUUGGUACCAAACCAGUACAGUUAGUUUGAGUAACUGAGCCUGGUUUCUCCCCGAAUCUAGCGUACUAGACAUUGUUCCACCCGAAUUCGUACAAAUUUAGAGCGCAUGUUUACUUACCCUAUUUUUACCCCCUGGAUUUAGAAAAAAAUAUUUCUCAAAAGCUUCAGGCUCAUAUCACAUCAUACAUGUGGCAUGAAGGUAAGGAGAAUAAAGCUGUUAGUUGUUCACGCAUUCCA